ACUUGUUAUUGUUAUUAUGUGUUUGUACUAAAUAAAUUAACAUACUAUAUUUACAACCGGAUAUUGAAACACAAUUUUUUUUUUUUUUUAGAACAAAUGUUCUAUCAAUUUGUUCUGUUAAUAUCAAAGUUCAGAGUUGAUAUACACAGUGGAUAAAAAUUUAUUUCUACUAUGUAGUAAUAAUUUCAUUUGUAAAAUUGUCAAACAUUCAAAUCUAUUAAUCAAUUUUUAUAUAGCUAAACAAUAACAACAAUGUAUAGUUAGAGCAAUAAGGCAAUUAUUUUGAAGUUGGCAUUUUCAAGUUGCUUGGCAACGUCAACAUUUAAAGUUGCCAACAUGUUGGCGUCAUGAUAUUUCUCUUACAAUGCCGGCAGUUUGCCUACCGAUUGCGUUAUAUACACAAGGUGUUAGGUGUAUUUUGAACAUGGGACUUCCUGAUAUAGAAAGCAUACCCGAUACUGGAGCAGUAUUUACUCUAGGAAAAAGCCGAUUUGCUGAUAAUAUUGCAUCUCAUUUUUUCAUUCGAAAAGAUCCUGUUGUCAGUGUAAAUUGUGGAGAUGAACAUUCAGCAGUAGUUUGUCAAAGCGGUAGGCUUUUCGUCUUUGGAAGCAAUAAUUGGGGUCAACUGGGUCUCGGUCACAAGAACCACGUCAGCAAGCCUUCGUGCGUAAAAAGUUUAAAACCAGAAAAAGUAACACAUGUGGCAUGUGGAAGAGCACACACACUCAUUUGUACAGAUAAUCAAAAGAUUUUUUCAUGUGGAAGUGAUCAAGAAAGUCAACUUGGUCGUGGAAAUGUUGGAUUAGGUGAUAGUUCAAGUACACCAGUUUUAGUAUAUGAUUGUGGUUCUAGUGGAAAAAAAAUUCUACAAAUUGCAGCUGGAACACAACACUCACUUGCUUUAACAAAUGAUGGUAUGGUACUUGCAUGGGGCAGUAAUUUAGAAGGACAAUUAGGUCUAUCUGGUACAUCUGGUCUUAUUAAUAAACCAACAGAAGUUCCAAUGCCUGAACCAAUCAAACAAAUAAGUGCAGGAUAUUAUCAUUCAGCUUUUUUAACUGAAAGUGGAAGUGUUUAUGUUUGUGGAGAAACAGAGAGUGGUAAACUUGGUAUUCCAUUAGAUUUUAUGACGCAAGUUGCCCCAAAGCAAAUGCAAUUAAAUGUAUCAGUAAUUAAUGUUGCAUGUGGUGGACAUCAUACAUUAAUUCUUGGAGAAAAUGGAUGUAUUUAUGGUACUGGAAGUAAUACUAAUGGACAAUUGGGUCUUGGAUUAGAUAUCCAAGAAAUACAAACAGCUCAAGAGCUUACUUGUGAUGCUUUAAAAAAUGAAAAUAUUAUUCAUAUUAGCUGCGGAGAAAGCCAUUCAGCUGUAGUUACAGAAUCAGGAAAAUUAUUUAUAUGUGGUGAUGGACGUUAUGGAAAAUUAGGAGUAGAAGAAAAUGAUAAAAAUAUAUAUGAAUUAACAUACACGAUAAAGUAUCAAGAACUUUUUAUAACAAAUGUUGCAUGCGGUGGUUGUCACACAAUUCUUGUUGGUCAAAGACGAGAGUCAAUAAAUAAUGAAGAAUUCAAUGAUAUGAAAACUACUGCUUUACCACCACUCAAAUUAUUACCAACAACACGAUUAGAAAAUGACAUAUCUCAAACAGAAAUAGAAAGCUCAAAUUACAAAGAUAAUGAAAAAGAAGAAAAUGAAAAAAAUAAAAUAGAAUUAUCGGAUAAACCAAUGAAUGGUAAUAGCAAUAUUGAUGAUGAAUUGGAAAAUUUAAAAAAACCAGAAUCUCCUAAAAAUUCAUCAGAUUAUGAAGAGUCAAUACCAAUAGAAUCAACGAAAUUAACACAAGAUUCAAUGAUGAGUGAAAAAAAUAAUGCUAUUAAUGAUAAUUUGUCAAAUUUAAAUACUGAAUCAACAAUUGAUAAUAAAAAAGAUGAUGAAAGACCAAAAUCUUCUAAAUCAAUUACUCAAAAUGUCAUUGAAGAUGAAGACGUAAAUGAAGAAAAAAUUAAUGAAAAUAAUAUUGAAGAAUCAUCGAUUGUAGAAAAACCAGAUUGUCCACCAAUGUCUGUAGAACAAGAAAAAACACCACGACAAAAUAGUGGUGAAAGUAAAUCUUCGUCUCAUCAUUCAAUAGCUCCAUCAUCAACAAAUGAAUCAAUAAAAAGUAUUACUAAUAAUGCUGAAGAAAAAGAACCAUCUAUAAAAAGUGCAUCAAAUGUCAAUCAUGAAGAUGAUAAAAAAAGUAUAAAUUCACAUGAAAUAAAUGGUCAUAAAAAAUCAGCAGGGAGUAAUAAAAGUCAAUCAAAUAAAUCAAAUGCUAAUACUGAUGAUACAAUGCCACUUGAAACAACUGCAGAAAAAAUUGUUGAAAAAAUUGAAAGUACAAUUGAUAAAACUGUUGAAAAAGUUGAAGAAAAAAUUGAUAAAACUGUUGAAAAAGUUGAAGAAAAAAUUGAUACAAUUAAUCAUAAUGUAGAUAUUGUUGGAUCAACAAUAGCACAAGCAGGUGUAAUGGCAAAAAUAUUUAAAAAUAAAAAACAAGAAGUUGAAAAUAUUAUCAACACUACAAUUUCAAAACCAAAGUCGAAAACAUGCAAUAUCCUGUGAUUUACAAAGAAUGCAAGGUGUCCAGUUCUAAUACUUGAAUAAUUUUACUUAUAAAUCUAUCUUAAUUAUGAGCUUGAGAACAAAAUGAAAGUAUGAUUUUAAGAAAUAACAUUACUAAAUAAACCAAUGAAAAUUGUCAAUAAUUGCGUUUUGAAUUUUAAUAACAAUUAAAAUAUUAUUCAUUAAUUUUUAAAAUGAUCUAUGAAUAAUUCCAUAAGAAUUUUUGUGUGUUAAAUAAUUAAAUAGGAUAGAUUCAAAGUUUUUUUUUUUAUAAGCAACUUGUUUCAUUUAGAAGAAGCAUAUAUUUUCUAAAAGCAAAUGAAUAAUUCAUAUAAAUUACAAACAUUGAAAUAUUAUUAUUUGUAUUAUUAUCAUUAUUUACUAAUUAUAAUAAUAAUCAUUCAUUAUUAUUGCAACCAAUUAUUAAAUAAUGUGACAGCUCUUUUCCUCCGUUAUUAUAUAUUUUUCUUCAUGAGAUCUUUUAAAUAUUUCCUACUUUAAUCAACUUGGAUAAAUGUCUACAAUAUAAAAUAAUAAAUGUAUUGUAUAAAGUUUAAAACGUUAGAUAAAUCUGUUGUUUAAAUAAGACGUAGUUUAUCAAACAAAUAUAUAAAAAAAUAUUUUAUCCAAAUGAAUUAAUCACAGCUUUAUAUUUAUGAUAGCAUUUAUAAACAAUUAUUACAUAUUGCAUAUUAUUUUACAAGGCAUCAUCUCAUGUCCUUCGUGGUUGAAAAAAUAUAUAAUUAUCAAAGCUUAAUUGUCGUUAUUUUAAAGAAAAUUUAAAGUAUAAUUUUGUUUAUUUAUUUAAUUUUAUUAAAAUAUUUUCUGAUGGAAUUUUAAACUAUUGUUUUAAAUACAUUUUUUCAUAAUUGAGAUUAGAAUAAUAAUUAUUAUAAUUGUUUAUAAAUACUUGUAUAUAAUUUUAAU